AUGGCAGCAAUCCUUCCCAUAGAGAUCCUUAUUUCCGUCCUCAAUGGACUCGAGGAAUCCAAAGGCUGCCUAGAGCUUCUCCAAGUCUGUCAACAUUGGAACACAGCGCUCUUUGCGCAGGUCGGAAGCGCUCCAGAAGAACUCCCGACUAAAGUCUCGUAUACGAGCUCCGUAACCCAGACUGCUACCGUGAAUUUCUUUGACGAGCCCAAGUUCUACAAUCGUACCCUGUUCCACGAGUUCCUGGAAUCCUUCAAAGACGACAAUGACGAGGAACUGACAAGUUGUGAAGAGAAGCUAGACAAACGAGAUUUCUACUCUUAG